GAUUUUAACCUGGAUUAUUUACUCCAUAAUCACACUGCUUUGUGUUUCUCACCUGUUCUUUUUUUUCUUCAUAUUUGUUAAAAGAAAAUCUGGAAUUAUUUGUGAAUUGACAAUGUUAUAAGUAUGUUAAAUGUCACUUGUCCAAAAUGUGAAGAUAUUUAAGUCAUUUAGCAGAUGCUCUUAUCCAGUGACUUACAGUUAGUGAAUUCAUCUUAAAAUAGCUAGGUUGGACAACCACCUCAGUCAUAGUAAGUAUAUUAUUUUCUCUUACUACUCUGUAUUAAAAUCAUGGUCUGUCUGUGGAAAACUGAAUCAUUAUCAUUUUGGUAGAACUACAUGUACAUACACUCGUCUUACCAUCUAAAGAUAAAUGUAGUAUUCAAAGAGUGAAUUUCUAUGUAAUUCAGGCUAAUUCCAGGUAGUCCUUUUGUGUCAUAGUUGCCCCACAGACAGAUAUGGAAAACGCUGACUGAUCAUAUGUGAUCACAGAGGUCUUACCACAACUGCUAAGGGAUUCCUGUCCUGACCAUAUUUGGUAAGAAGAGGUCCAGUGGCAAGGCAGAAGGAAACUGAAAGUUUCAGAAAUGUCCACCUCCAGCAAUGUCUUGUCUGAAGAGCAGUUCCUGUGCUCUAUCUGUCUGGAUGUGUUCACUGAGCCAGUCUCUAUUCCAUGUGGUCACAACUUCUGCAAGGCCUGUAUCAGGGAAUACUGGAACAGCACUGUCCUGUGCCAGUGUCCACUGUGUAAGGACACAUUCAACAGAAAACCUGAACCAAAAACCAACACAACACUCAGAGAUGUUGCAGAUCAUUUUAAGAGGAUGAAGGUCACGGACGGAGAGGAGUCCUCUUCCAAGCCUGGAGAAGUAGCACCAGUGCAGCAGAUGAUCCAGGAGCGACUGCAGAAGGUUAAGGAGAUCAAAUACUCAGUAGAGCUCAGCCAGAGAGAUGCAGAGAGAGAGAUAACAGGAAGUGUGGAGGUCUUCACUGCUCUGGUUCGCUCCAUUGACAGAAGUCAGGGUGAGGUUAUUAAGGAGGUUGAGGAGAAGCAGAAAGCAGCUGAGAGGCAGGCUGACGGGCUCACUGAAGAGCUGGAGCAGGAAAUCACUGAGCUGCUGAGGAGAGGCACUGAGCUGGACCAUGUCCACCUCCUCCAGAGGUUCCCAUCCCCGAUCAAGGACUGGUCUGAGAUCAGUGUUCACAGGGAUCUGCAUGUAGGAACUGUGCGGAGAGCUCUGUCUCGGCUGGAGGAGACACUUCAGAAAGAGAUGGAGAAGUCGUGGGAUCCUGAGCUGAGGAGGUUACAGCAGUGGUCAGUGGAUGUGACUCUGGAUCCGGAUACAGCACACUGCAAGCUCAUUGUGUCGGAGGACAGGAAACAAGUGAGCUAUGGAGACAUACGGCAGAUUCUCCCUGACCUCCCAGAGAGGUUUGAAUGUUAUCUAUCGGUCCUGGGAAAGGAAGGCUUCUCCUCAGGGAGAUUCCACUUUGAGGUUCAGGUUAGGGGAAAAAUUGAGUGGCAGGUAGGAGUGGCCAGAGAGUCCAUCAUUAGGAAGGGCCCAACAGCUGUAAGCCCUGAGGGUGGACUCUGGGCUCUGUAUAUGAAUAGGAAUAAGUAUGUAGCCAAGGACACACCCCCUAUCCCCCUCUUCCUGAGUCAGAAACCCCAGAAGGUGGGGGUGUUUGUGGAUUACGAGGAGGGUCAGAUCUCCUUUUAUGAUGUAGAAAACAGGUCUCAUAUCUACUCUUUCACUGGUUGUAUCUUCACUGAGAAACUAUAUCCAUACUUGAACCCCUGUGAUAAUGAGGAGGGUCCAAACACAGCCCCAUUGGUCAUCUCUCCUGUCAAUCACACUGACUGAAUUGGGGCCCAAAAAGGCAACAGAUGACUUAAUCUGAUGGAGCAAAUAACAAUUAGGCUAACACAUCCAACUGUAAAGAGUGUUGAUAAUAAUGUUGAUAAUAAUGUUGAUAAUAGUGUUGAUAAUAGUGUUGAUAAUAAUAGGGCACAUUCCAGGGGGUCUGCCAAGCAGUCACAAACCAAAUUUCACAACACCUGCCAUAAACCACAUCAAUAUUAUAUUUUAAUCUGAAGCAUGACUGCAACGUAUCUAACGUGGCGUUCAAUGAUUGGUUCACUUGUGCAGCAUGUCUUCUGAGUCCUGUUUAGACCAUGAUGUUUGAUAUGGUUUUGGUGUUAAAAUCAGAGGAUUAUGAUUGGAAUCUGAUCUUCAGUAGAAUAUUAUGCUUUAGUUUGUCUUUGUUUCCAUUUCUUUUCCCCAUUUUUCAGUAUAGUGUGUUGAGACGUUGAUUGGAUUAAUUUGGGAAUAUGUACUGAAUUAUCCAAAUCUAGUACAAUGCAUAACAUUUAUUGUGAGUUCUAUGUUUUAGUUGUACGUGGUCCAUGUAAAAUAAACAUGAUAAAAUA